GAGAGAGAGUCAUGGCUUCUAAUCUCCUGACGUUGCAAAGCUUUUGCCUUGGCUUCUCUGCUAAUCGUUAUUUAAACUAUUUUCAGCGUCAGGCACCUUCAAAUCCCAGAAGCCAUCCUCUAAUCUCGCGAAGGUCCACAUUAGCCCAUAACUUAAAGCUCAAUAGUGUGUGCAGAGCAGCUACUGAUGGAGUUCCAAGUGAGUUAAUUGAAGACUCAAAAUUUGUUCCUCUGAAUGCUGAUGAUCCUAGAUAUGGUCCACCUGCCUUGUUGUUGUUGGGUUUUGAAUUGGAGGAAGCAGUGAAGAUACAACAACUUCUAAAAGAGUUGGAUGGUGAGUUUCUCAAGGUUAUUUAUUGCACUGAAGACAUGAUUGCUCACUCACUUUGGCAAGCAAUACAUACUGAACAAUCCAAUUUGGAGACUGUGAAGAUUGCAAAAUCACUGCCAAGGAUUUGCUUCUUGUCUGGUCUUAGCGGCGAGGAGAUGAUGAUGUUCAUUGAUGCAUUUCCAGAAACUGCUGUUAUUGCACAAAAGGAAUACCCUCAUAGCCCCAUUCUGUUGAGAGGUUUGUGGAUGGUGCAUACACACCAUAUGCAUUCACAUACACACAUGCACAUUUGCAUGCAAACACACAGAGAAAUGCUUACUCAACACAGCCUCAAUUCCAACUAUUUGGAUCCAGUUACAUGAAUCCUGUGUUACAUCAUGCUCUAUCAAGAGCCAUGUAAAACAAUUCAGGACUCAUUCAUAUUGGAUUAUUGCAGCUGUCAACCUGACACAACCCUUCUCCUUCAUCUGAGCUUGGGACAACCAUUGUUUGACAAGAUAACACUUGUAGUGUUAUUGUCACACACACACACACACAAAAAUGAAUUAUAUCAUAGUUUGUUGGAGUAGGGGAAGGAAAGCAUGGGAUAUGGUUUUUCGCUUUCCAAGUUGAGCAAUCAUAUGUAUAAUG